UGCACGUGUUGGAUAAACAAGUAAUAAACCAGUUUCGCACGUCAAAAGUGACAACACUCAACGGACCAUGCAGCCGAAACUUACACAAUUACAGGAGCUUCGCCGAUUAAGCGACCAAAGACGCCCACGUCCUUUAAAGCCGAAGGUUUACGUUAACGUACUCGAGGAAGAAUUUCGACUUCUUUUGAAAUCAAAAAAGAAACGCUACGGGAAGUUGAUGUCGUUAUUUACUUGUAAACGAAGACAAAGGCCUAUGACAAGGGAGGAAGUGCAUUACAAAAUUCAGCAGCUUAACAGAUGCUGCCUCUCUCACAUCGAUGACUCCUACAAGAUCCAUAUCAGUCGACAUAAAGGAAUACAAACCUUAAACGAGAUCAUAGACAAAUCGGACUCGUCCGAUCUGUCGCGCACUCAGAUCGUUGCGUUAGUAUGGAGUUCGAUCAGUUGCCUCCAUCACUUUUACAUUCGCUUGAGGAUCCGCGACCGCGGUUGUAUGGCGUGGGUCAAAAGGAAUCAGGCGAGAAAGUCGAUAAGAUCUUACGAUAGGGUGAUACAGUUCUGUCUCCCAUACGCCUUCGAUAUCGUGCUAAAUGCCAUCAUAACCUUUUUCACGGAGUCGAAUAUGUGGAGUACGGAGUAUCUGUGCUCUCAGCUACUGAAGCGAUUUCUGUAUAUCACCAAAGAGGGGGUGGUAACCGUUCACUCUCUUCUUGAUAUUGCCGAAAAGACUUCGACCACAAAUGUAAUGAGCGCUCGUCAGGUGAUCAGGGUUCUCUACCAGGUUCUCAAAAGGUAUCCAUGGUACGAUAUGGAUGACAGUUUGAUGAGGAGACUACUGACAAUGUACCACCAUAGUAUAGUACCAACGGACAGUGCAUUUGACUAUGUCCAACUGCGGACGGGCAUAGAAGUAAUGCUGAGGCAUGUUUUGAUGAACAUUCCCAAUGAUGGUCUUCUGAAAGUGAUCAAAAUUAUGAUCAAGUGGAUUACCGUGCAGGAAAUACCAGACGACGCCCUGCUCUAUUUCUCAGAUUUGAUCGAAUACACUGCAAAGUUACACAAGAUCAAUUUGUAUCGCGAUUCUCUUGAAGGCGAACUGUUCAUGAUGGUGUUGGAGUUGAUCGGCUCAAAAAAUCGCCUAUACUCGCUUUUGGGAAAUAGGGUUCUGCAACAUCUAAUGGACAGACAUAGGAAUGUUCAGCACUUUAGUACUCCUCGAAUUUUUUUCGGAAAUCUAUCGUAUGACAUCGCCAUUGGUCGAUACAAUUCGGAGGACAAGGCGUUUGUGCGCUUGUACCGUCAGCUUAUUCAUAACUCACUUUUAAACUCGAUCAAGUUACAUGGCUCGUCCAGAAUCAACAUAGAGUGCACUUAUGCGUCCAUCGCAAUAUUGAUUGUGGAGGUGCCUUGCAGCUAUAUUGCCACGGUAAUAGUGUGCUUGACGAUGGGCAUACAAGAAACUGCAAUUACGACGACUGAUAUCGGAUUGGCAGUCUCUCACCACAUGCACGCCACUGUAAUCGCACUAAUCUCGCUUGUGUGUUGGGUGCACGACGCGCAUAUAUUUUACGACUACGUGAUAGCAAUCAUGACGAUAAGGGCGAAGAACGCGCCCCACUUAAACCCUCCCCUGCGUACCAGCUACCCAUACGCCCAGGACCACGUUCUGUGGAAUAAACCGGAGAUGUUCUUUGUGGAUUGGGAGGUACGCUAUUGCCUUUGGAAGUGUUUCAGACCUCGGCUAAGGAAUGGCGGCUUGUAAAAGUUCCUUCAUUAGCGAUUUACUUGUUCGUUAAUAACUUCUUUAAAGUUUGCCUGAUCGAUGUAACC